GGGUGACAGAGUGAGACCCUGUCUCAAGGAAGAAAAAAAAAAAAGGAAGAAGAUCCAGCUAUGUUUGGUCUGACUCUUGCCAUGGUAGAGACGGGACAAUGAGUUGCAGAACAGAAGGAUGAGGUGCCUUGAAGUGUUCUUUGUGGUUUGUAGACUAAUGGAGAAUGUAGGGGACAAUCUACAAGGUUAACAGGAGAAACAGGGAAAUAACAAAUCCUCUGCUAGGUGCAGCUGUUGGAGCUCUUUUGAUGAAGGACUGGAGAGCUAGGAAUUCUUGGUCCUCAGGAGGAGGAGGGACCUGACUGGAAGACUUCUGGGAUAGGCAGCCUCAAAUGCAGCCUGGAGGUAAUGCUUCAUGGUACACCAUCUUGUACAGUUUUAUCUUCCCAACAGGACCAUGAACUUGUUGAAGGUAAAUAAUGUUCAUUGUGUUUCUUUUGAAUUCCCAUAGGACUAGUCACAGGAUGGACACAUGUUUGGCACUUCCUUAAUAUUACUUCAUUGUAUCAGAAGCAGGGAAGCCUCAAGAGACAUUUACUCAGCACUUACAUGUAUCAGGCCUUGCAAAAGUUUUCACAUGUGAAUAUUCAUCACAAACCCCAUUUUACAGACAUGCAAGUUGAGGCACAGAAAAGUUUCAUGGCUUGCUCAAGGUCCCACAACUAUGAGCAGGUCUGAGAUUCAAACCCAAGUCUUCUGCCCCUCACAACCUCUGUCCCCAGGAGACAGAGCGCUGGCUGGCCUUGAGAGUCACAUUAUAUUGCAGUGGGCAGGGCACAGGCACACACACGCUCCAGAAAACCACGUGUGUGACCUACACAAUAGAUAUGGAAAAUUAAGAGCAGAAUAAAGGGGCCAUCAAAGAGGGGUGGAUUACUAAGGAAGAUGAUUACAGAGCAGGACCUUCAAGGUCUGGAAAGAUAGCUUGAUGGGGCUUGGGGAACCAGGCAGUAGCUGCUGAGAAAAUGCUUAGGGAAUAGGAAGCACCCCAAGGAAACAGUGAAGCACAGUGGCUUGUAUUAACACAAGAUGUUUGGACAGGAAGGAGUUGGUCCCAGGCCUAAGAAAGCGGUUUAGAAAUGAGGCAGCGUUUGCUGAGUCCUUUACAAGAUGCAUCAUUAGCACAUGACGGAAAGCAAUUAACUUGCUUCUUACUCAUCUGCUGAUCAAGUUGCAACUGGAAAGGAGUUUGCACGUUGUGGGGAGGGGGUGCCAGGGAACCAGCGAGUGGCCCUUACACCAUUUCCCGAGGGAUGUCGAGUGUGAGCUCAGGGUUGGCGGAUGCCCAGGGGAUGCCAUCAGAAGGCCCUCUCCAUUAGCAGUGCCCCGCCCCCGCAGGAUGCUCAUAAAAGUCAUGGGCUCAGGGCUCCCCAGCCACCUGUCUUCUCCACUGCCUGCACCAGCCCACCUCAGGUGCCUUCUCACCAGACUUCCUCACCCACCAUGUCUCGGCAGUCCUCCAUCACCUUCCAGUCUGGCAGCCGCAGGGGCUUCAGCACCACCUCGGCCACCACCCCAGCAACUGGCCGCUCUCGCUUCAGCUCUGUCUCUGUGGCCCGCUCUGCAGCGGGGAAUGGGGGCCUGGGAAAGAUCAGCAGUGCUGGGGCCAGCUUUGGAAGCCGCAGCCUCUACAACCUGGGGGGUGCCAAGUGGGUCUCCAUCAGUGGGUGUGGCAGCAGUUUCCGAAGUGGCUUUGGUGGCAGGGCCAGCAGUGGGUUUGGAGUCAACAGUGGAUUUGGCUAUGGGGGUGGAGUUGGAGGAGGCUUCAGUGGCCCCAGCUUCCCUGUGUGUCCCUCUGGAGGCAUCCAAGAGGUCACCGUCAACCAGAGUCUCCUGACUCCUCUCAACCUGCAAAUCGACCCCACCAUCCAGCGGGUACGGGCCGAGGAGCGCGAGCAGAUCAAGACCCUCAACAACAAGUUCGCCUCCUUCAUCGACAAGGUGAGGUUCUUGGAGCAGCAAAACAAGGUCCUAGAGACCAAGUGGGCCCUCCUGCAGGAGCAGGGCUCCAGGACCGUGAGGCAGAAUCUAGAGCCCCUCUUUGAUUCCUAUAUCAGUGAGCUCCGACGGCAGCUGGAAAGCAUCACCACCGAGAGGGGCAGGCUUGAAGCUGAGCUGAGGAACAUGCAGGAUGUUGUAGAAGAUUUCAAAGUCAGGUAUGAAGAUGAAAUUAACAAGCGCACGGCUGCUGAGAAUGAAUUUGUAGCCCUGAAAAAGGACGUAGAUGCUGCCUACAUGAACAAGGUGGAGCUGGAGGCCAAGGUCAAAUCUCUGCCUGAGGAGAUCAACUUCCUCCACUCAGUCUUUGAUGCAGAGCUGUCCCAGUUGCAGACCCAGGUCAGUGACACGUCAGUGGUGCUGUCCAUGGACAACAGCCGCAACCUGGACCUGGACAGUAUCAUCGCCGAGGUCAAAGCGCAAUACGAGGACAUUGCCAACCGCAGCCGGGCCGAGGCUGAGUCCUGGUACCAGACCAAGUAUGAGGAGCUGCAGGUCACAGCAGGCAGACAUGGGGAUGACCUUCGAAACACCAAACAAGAGAUCUCUGAAAUGAACCGCAUGAUCCAGAGGCUGAGAGCUGAGAUCGACAGCGUCAAGAAGCAGUGCUCCAGCUUGCAAACAGCCAUUGCUGAUGCAGAACAGCGUGGAGAACUGGCUCUCAAGGAUGCACGGGCCAAGUUGGUGGACCUUGAGGAGGCUCUGCAGAAGGCCAAGCAGGAUAUGGCUCGGCUCCUGCGUGAGUACCAGGAGCUGAUGAACAUCAAGCUGGCCCUGGACGUGGAGAUCGCCACCUACCGCAAGCUGCUGGAGGGCGAGGAGUGCAGGUUGAGUGGAGAGGGAGUUUCUCCAGUUAACAUUUCUGUGGUCACCUCCACUCUUUCCAGUGGCUAUGGAAGCGGCAGCGGCAUUGGAGGUGGAAGCCUGGGCCUCGGUGGGGGCAGCGGCUACUCCUUCACCACCAGUGGCGGGCAUAGCCUGGGUGCAGGCCUGGGAGGUUCUGGUUUCAGUGCCACCAGCAACCGGGGCCUAGGGGGCAGUGGUUCUAGUGUCAAGUUUGUCUCUACCACAUCCUCCAGCCGGAAGAGCUACAAGCACUAAGAGAGCCGCAUGGCUCCCUCUCCCCUGCCUUGAGGCCUGUUUGCAGUCACACCUGGACACCUGGGUCCUCCUCCUUCCUCUCUCCUUGUAAGGUGCACCUGUGCUGCUGGGAGCCUGGAGUACUGGCUACACCCCAUUCCCAGGCCUAAGCUAGCCUCUCCCUCCUGACAGUGCCCAGACUGCCGGCAGCACCUGUCUGCUACACAUGUAAAACCAAAACCUGCUCUCUCCCGAGGCUCUCAUUCAGCCUAUCUUGUGAGGCCCAGGCAGCUGGAAAGUCCUCCUCCAGCUCCACCUCCCUCCCUCCCUCCAGAUGCAGAGGUUGGGGAGUCUGUCUCAACGCUAGGUUGUCACCCACCUGUCUCAUCGUGUUUAUAAGCAGCCUGUUGGGAGUGAGCGCUCCUUCUGUUCCCUCCCUGGAAUGUGCCUAUUAAAUGCAUGUGUCACCUGUU